UGGUUGUUCCAGUCGCUACCUCUUCACUUCCUCGACGAGUCCGUCCAGUCCACCAACCACCCCAUCUGUAGCAGUAGCAGGAGCAGCCCCCCUCGCGACCCCCAUUUCUCCCCAUGCUACUAUAAUAUAUAUUAUUCCACCCACCUACCCCUUUUGCUCUUCGUCCUUCGGCCAAUCUCCAUUUCCCAAACUCUCGUAAUCUUUAGCACAAACUCCCCACCAAAUUUAUCUGGUUUCAAGUUUCAAUCAUGGCAACGGCUGAUGCCCUCUCGCGUAUAGGCCUAGCUGGGCUAGCCGUUAUGGGGCAGAACUUAGCUCUAAACAUUGCCGAAAAAGGCUUCCCAAUCUCCGUCUACAAUCGAACCACUUCCAAGGUCGACGAGACAGUAGAUCGAGCCGAUCGAGAAGGCCACCUUCCUCUCUUCGGCCAGUACAAUCCCAAAGAUUUUGUACUCUCCAUUCAGAGACCUAGAUCUGUCAUCAUCUUAGUCAAAGCCGGCGCCCCCGUUGACCAGACCAUCGCUGGCUUGUCCCAGUACAUGGAGCCCGGCGACACCAUUAUUGACGGCGGCAACGAGUGGUACGAGAAUACUGAGCGGAGGAUUUCUGAUGCUUCUUCAAAAGGGCUUCUUUAUCUUGGCAUGGGCGUCUCCGGCGGGGAAGAUGGUGCCCGACACGGUCCUUCGCUCAUGCCGGGUGGGUCCCACCGAGCCUACCUGAAUAUUAAGGAUAUUCUUGAAAAGGUUGCGGCCCAGGUGGAAGAUGGCCCUUGUGUUACUUAUAUUGGGGAAGGGGGUUCGGGGAAUUUCGUGAAGAUGAUCCAUAAUGGGAUUGAAUAUGGUGAUAUGCAGCUGAUUUCUGAAGCUUACGAUGUAUUGAAAAAUGCUGGUGGACUCAGUAAUUCCGAGUUGGCUGAUAUUUUUGCCGACUGGAAUAGGGGUGAGCUGGAGAGCUUCUUGAUUGAGAUAACUGCUGAUAUUUUUCAGGUGAAGGAUUUUGAGAGCGGACAUGGGGAGUUGGUGGAUAAGAUUUUGGAUAAAACUGGGAUGAAAGGAACCGGAAAAUGGACGGUUCAGCAGGCGGCCGAGUUGUCGAUUGCUGCUCCUACCAUUGCAGCUUCACUUGAUAGUAGAUAUUUGAGUGGGUUGAAAGAUGAAAGGGAGGCUGCCGCGGAGAUUUUUAAGGGGCAAGGGUUCAAGGAGGAGAUUAAUAAUGUAGGAGUUGUGGAUAAGAAGAGGCUGAUUGAUGAUGUCAGGCAGGCGUUGUAUGCAUCCAAGAUUUGUAGUUAUGCGCAAGGGAUGAACUUGUUGAGGGCCAAGAGUGUGGAGAAAGGGUGGAAUUUGAAUUUGGGCGAGUUGGCGAGGAUUUGGAAAGGAGGGUGUAUAAUAAGGGCUGUGUUCUUGGAUAGGAUUAAGAAGGCCUAUCAGAGGAAUCCGGCCUUGGCGAAUUUGUUGGUCGACCCUGAGUUUGCUAGGGAGAUGGUGCAGAGGCAGGCAGCUUGGAGGAGAGUGGUGGGGCUUGCUAUUCAGAAGGGGAUUAGUGUUCCUGGAAUGUCCGCUAGUUUGCAGUAUUUUGAUACUUAUAGGCGUGCAAGGCUUCCUGCAAACCUUGUUCAGGCUCAGAGGGAUUAUUUCGGGGCGCAUACGUACGAGAGGAUUGAUCGUCCUGGAUCAUAUCAUACUGAGUGGUCAAAGCUUGCUCGAGGGGCAACAGUGUAAUGCUAGGCAUGAUUUGAAGCUGAGGUUGCAUUUUGGUACACUUAGCUUAUUGCAAUUGUUAUAAGUUGGGUUUUUUUUGGGGCAUCUAUUUGAAUUUGAGUUGUAUCUCUCAAUGAGGAUAUACUUGCUUAGGCAGGGAAGUGUUUGAAGUUGAGCCUUUGCAUUGCUUUUUUUUGCAGUUAAUAAUAGGUCCUUGCCUCUUAAGUACUGAAGUUCGUA